UUUACAAAGUGGUUUGACAGCAAAGCAAGAAAAGUAAAUAUAAGAGAAAUAACAAUCAGCAGGAUGCAAUGUGACCAGGACCCCCAGACAGCCACGUUCAGGUGGUCGGAUACAAAGGAUUAUGUCAUAUGAAGUUAAAGACAAAGAAGUAAAAGAAAAGGUGAUAAGAAAACGAUAAAAACUGUAAAAAAAAAAAAAAAAAACUUCAACAUAGUAAUUUGGUUUGUCCGCUGUGGGCCACUGCAGAAUUAUCGUGGAGCAACAUGGCAGCCUCCGUGGAGGAUGACCUGCUGUUGCACAAACAAAGACUCGUUCUAAAGUAAUGAAAACACGAUGAUCCACCUGACUCACUUCACAAAUGAAACCAACUCCAGUAAUAUGAAGUUCCAGCUCUGCCUUUCACUGGACCUUUAAGUUUGUGUUCUGGUCAUUUACGAGGGGUACGUGAAGGCAGCAGGGAGGGGGCGGGGACGUCCGCCAUUGCUCAGCAGCCUGUGGACCAACAUUGUUUGUGUCUCUUCCACAUCCACUCGAGAAGAUCCCCCCCCCCGGCAGAGUCCCCUCGAGUCCCCCGGGUUCCUCUGGUUCCUCUGGCCGGAGUUGGAGGCACCAUGUCCUGCAGCUGGUGGAGCAGCGCCGCGGUGACCCACGCGCUCAUGGCCCUGUUCGCUAUGGGCUCGUGGGUUUCCGUCAACAGUCUGUGGGUCGAGCUGCCGGUGGUUGUCAAUGUUCUGCCCGAAGGGUGGAACCUUCCUGCCUACCUCUCAGUGCUCAUAGCAUUUGGGAACCUGGGCCCAAUAGCGGUGACGAUCACACACCACUGUGCUCCGGGACGCUUGAACGAGCGCCUGGUCAUCCACUGCAUCCAGGUGCUCGCGGUGGUGGCGUCCGCUCUCCUGGCCAUCUUCUGGUCACACACUGUCACGAUAGCGGGAGAGAAAAGGUCACUGCCGUUCCUGCUCUUCACCUUCGUGCUGUCUUUGGUUUGCUGCACGUCCAACGUCACCUUCCUACCAUUCAUGUUUCGUUACCCCCCCCAGUAUAUCCGUACUUUUUUCAUCGGUCAGGGCUUCAGUGCCUUGUUCCCGUGUAUUGUCGCCUUAGGACAAGGUGUUGGCAAGCUGGAGUGUAAAACAGUGAAUGGGACGGUGAAGCCAGAAUACUUAAAAGAGAACUUUCCAGUCCAGAACUUCUUCUGGUUCUUGUUUGUCAUGCUGUCGGUCUCGGCUUUAAGCUUCCUGGCGUUGACACGGAGGCAGCAGGCAGAGACGCAGCAAGACGGACAGCCACAGGCGUCAGACGCUGCGGUGGCGGUGAAGAACGGAGAGGAGACGCACCCUCUGCAUAACGGAGGGACGCCGGUGUCUGAGGAGCAGGUGCAGGUGGAGGAGCAGCAGCAGCAGCCACCAGCUCAGACAUUCUGGACCCCAUACAACAUCUACCUGCUGGCACUGCUCGCCGUCUCCAACGCCCUCACCAACGGGGUCCUUCCAUCAGUGCAGAGCUUCUCCUGUCUGCCCUACAGCACCAUGACCUUUCACCUCUCUGUGGUCUUUGGCAACAUAGCAAACCCAGUGGCCUGCUUUCUGGCCAUGUUUUUCGUCCUCAGGACGGCCACAGGUCUGGGGUUCUUGUCCUUAGCAGGCGGAGUAUUUGCUGCAUAUCUCAUGGCGUUAGCAGCUCUCAGCCCCUGCCCUCCACUCCUUGGAAAUCCUGCUGGUGUCGCUUUAGUGGUCGUCUCCUGGAUCAUUUUCACCGGCCUCUUCUCAUAUCUGAAGGUUGUGAUUGGGACGUUGCUUCACGAGAAAGGUCACGCUGCCUUGCUGUGGUGCGGCAUCUUCAUCCAGGCCGGCUCCCUCAUCGGAGCCCUCGCCAUGUUCCCCCUGGUCAACGUCUAUAACGUGUUCUCCCCGGCUCGGGAGUGUGUGGACAACUGCAUUGACAGGACAUUUUAUGAUUCCAGUUUUAACACCAACAGCUCACUCUCCGCAGACACAUAGUCUGAGGCUCCUGAGAGAAACACCAGAUCUCAUUUCUACUGAGGGUCAUGCCACCUACCUCCGAGGCAUCCUCCCCUGAGCCUGCUGAAGUGAAAACAUGAUAAUGGAAGCCCUGUGUCUCUGCAUGUUGACCAAGGGGCUACGUGUUGUAUGAUGCUGUUACACCACAAGUGCAUUGUGUGGUCUUUUAUAAUGGAUCACUGUAGUUGAAGUAGGAACCACAGCUGCUGAUGUGAUAUUUCCAGAUCAUGUGAAAACUUAUUUACUCAGGGACACAAUAAUUAACUUGUUCGUCCACAUUUGUUGCUCCUGGAGCAAAGUAUUACAUGCGUUGCUUAUUUUUUGUUGUUUUUCAAAUGUCUGACUUCAUCUUUCCCUUGAUUUCACGUUAGCAUUGAAUACAACCAGUUCCAUCAGUCGGAGACACUAUACAGGCACAGCUCAGUAAGGCAGCAGUCAGUAUAAUGAAUACUGUGACGCAUUAACUUCUGACAUACUCUUCAUAGAGGCUGUGACGUUUCUUUUUUCAUUCCUACGUGUCGCACAAAACUAUGUUUAACUUUGUUUCUCAUAAUCGAAAUAAUUUUACCGCUUGUCCACUCUGUGAUGUUGUGCUACCUCAAGGGAACAAUAUCUGAAUAGCAAAUGAAUUAGUGAAAAGCUUUGGGGAGGAAGGGAUUUUAUCUUGUCAAUCUUUGAUAAGUGAGGUUAUUCUUUUACCUGACUGCCACAGAACAGAUGUGUUACUUCAUUGAACUAAACAUCUGUGAAACGUGCCUCAACUUUAUGGCUAAAAUCCUGAAAUGUUGUUUUUUAUCUCUUCAAUUUAUCAGGUUUUUUUUAUGUGAAUUUUUCACAAAUGUGGCUUUUUUGCAGAUUUUUUUUUAAUGAUUAUAAUGCAGACAUUCAUCACGACAUUAAACAGCUGGUGUUGGUGAACAUCGAUGAUUCCUUGAGGCUGUUCUUUGCAUAAUUUGAGAAACAAACACUGAUCUUAGCUUUUGUUAAGCUUAUUACACUGUAAAGUAAUAUGAAUUGGAAUAGUACUAGAGUUCAUACCUCGGUCAAGGCAAAAUGAGCCUACACAAUUCUCUACUUUACAUAUAAAUAUAAAAAAAAGAUUUUUUUCACAACAAUAAAUGGAAUAAUUUAUAAAUGAUCUCUUUUCAAGAUUUCUUGAAAAUUGCAUGAAUUAAAACAAAG